AUGCAAAAAUCUAAAAUUACUAAUCGAUUAUGUAGACUACCUGGUCGUUUAGAUGGGAAAUUAGUUAUUGUAACUGGUGCAAAUAUUGGUUGUGGACUUGAAUUAAGCGGUGAAUUAGCACGUCGUGGAUGUACUGUAAUUAUGGCAUGUCGAGAUUUAGAAAGAGGAUUUUUAGGAAAAGAAGUUCUACUUGAUCGAUUUGGUGAAAGAAGUCAAGAGAAAUGGAGAAAAUCACCAGCUGGUCCAGGAGUUGAACCAUUUCUUGAUGUUAUUAAAACAGCACAGUUAAUUGUUGAACAUUUGGAUUUAGCUUGUUUAGAAUCAAUUCGUCAUUUUGCUAAAAAUAUUUUAAGUCAAUAUACACGAUUAGAUAUAUUAAUCCAUAAUGCUGGAAUGAUGGCUACUAGUUAUAUGGAAACACAUGAUGGAUUUGAAUUACAAAUGGGUGUUAAUCAUUUAGGUCCUGUAUUAUUAACUGAAUUAUUAUUACCAUUAUUAUAUAAUGGUGCACCAUCACGUAUUAUUGUAAUUGCUUCAAAUCUAUAUCAACAAGGUGAUAUUGAUGUGAAUAAUUUAAAUUUACGCGGUGAACAAUAUGGACCAUUUAAAGCAUAUAAUCAAUCAAAAUUAGCUAAUGUUUUAUAUGUUCGUGAAUUAGCUAAACAAUUAGAUGGUUUAAAAGUGAUACCAAUGGCUGUACAUCCUGGUGCAGUAAGAACAGAAAUAUCAAAUACAGGAGAUCAUAGAUAUCAGUUAUUUCUACGUGCUGUUGGUAUAAGUCCAUGGGAAGGUGCACAAACUGCAUUAUAUUGUACAUUAAUUAAUGAUCCAGUACCUGGUGGAUAUUAUUCUAAUUGUGAAAGAGAAGAAUUAACUGAAAAAGCAUUAAAUGAAUCACUUAGUAAAAAAUUAUGGGAUGCAUCACGUGAAAUGGUUGGUUUACCACCGAAUUUAUUAAGUUUACCAUAA